GGGUGAUCUACACGUCAAUUCGGCACUCGUAUCCGCCUGUGUAGCAUAUUCGGCCACGGUGCAAACCCCUACACCUGCCAUGCCACAGCAGCCACGCUUUCUGCCUCCGUUCACCAUUCGUGGUCUCGCUUGUUCGCCAUACCUUACGGGAAGAACUAGUCUUGCAACUAGUGUACCACACCAAACGACACUGCCAGAAACACACCGGUUUGCGACUAAUCGUUUUCUAGCGUUUUGA